AUGACCAAGAUCAGGAAAGAGACCACCAACCAACCUCCAAACCACGAAAACGGCCAAGACGCACAAGUGAUGGUGUUCACUCUGCUCACGACGACGUAG